CUUAGCGCAAACUGUCAGAAGUCCCGUCGUCGUCCGUCGUACAAGUCGCGAAGAAGGUGUGUGUGUUUGAAAAAAAGUCCGCGGAGAGAGAAGCAGUGUUGAAGGAUUGGGGCGAGCGCAAAGUGCAUUAUUCCGUCUCUGUGAAGAAAGGAAAAGAAGGCAAGCGAAAUAACCUGAUAGUGGAAUUUUUUCUUUUUCUGUUCGUCCGGGUUCGUUCUUUCUGCGAAGGUUUCAAAAAUGUAAUUUUCCACCGUUGCUGGAGCGCAGCCGAGCAGGGAGGGGUGGUGAAAAACGGGAACCUGUGCCAAGUGUUUUGGUCCGACGGAAGCAACUGGGUGAAAAAUCGAAAUUCCGUCGCAAGAAUUGUGUGUGUGUGUACGUCUGUGCGAAGAGUUGUGCGGUGGCCACAAUGGCUUACACGUCGUCGUCGCGGAAUUGAUUGUGUCGCGAGAAUCACCACAAUCUGGAGCAGUAGGAGAAGGGAAAGUGGGAGGGAAGGUGGUCGUCGUCCCCCCUCUGGAAAUUCCACAGUUUCCGUUCUCUUUCUGGGGGUGAGAGUUGGGCAGGUGUCCCAGUUCCAAAACCACACACCGAGGAGCAGUUCCAGAGAGUCUUAUCAGGAAGAACCCCCGCGGUGUGAAACUGAGAAAUCCCGGAGGAACAGGAAGACAAGAAGAAAAAGCAAACAAACAUGAAAAACUUCACAAACUAAUAUAGUGAUGAUAAUAAUGGGUGCCACUUGCGUCACCGUGUUGUUGUUGUGCUUCGACGCCGCGACCAGCUAAUAAAACACACUACACACCAACUAAUAUAUCUCGCUGUAGUGUGUCACACAAAGUAACUAAACUGUGCGCGGUCCUGAACAGAUGUAAAAGAUGAUACGAACAUGGUGAGCUGCACCCGAAGAGCAGCAGCAAUAGUGACGUAGUGACUCAGCAGAAAUACCACUCGCCGAGGAGGACAUCCCCGUGAAUGGAGCUGGAGACCUGCUGAACUGUGUGUGUGUGUUUUUUCACGAAGAACAACAACAAGUUCAACGCGGAGAAGAAGAACGCGUCUUCAGACGGCAAGGACAUCUAGUGGGAAGAAAAAGCUACCUCCAAGACCAAAAAGAAGAAGAGCAACAAAAAAAAAUGGGAGCAAAGGAUUCGAAGCCGUGCUGCAUCAGCUACGAGGAUGCCGUCAAGCGAGUAACGGACUUUGAGCUUCGGCGGAUAAAGGAUGCGUUCAAGAGGUCGGCCGGAACGAGUGGGACCGCGCUCAGCAAGAGUGCCUUCGUGCAGGACGUGCUCGGCGACGGAGUUCCGACGGUGGUGGCCGAUUGGCUGUAUGCAGCAUGUGGCGGUACCCCGAAAGGAAUCGCCUUCAAGGAGCUACUGUGCGGGCUUGUUCUGCUCACCAAGGGCACGCAGGACGAGAAGAUCAGAUUCCUCUGGACGCUGUACUGCAACGAGUCCGGCACGCACAUCCUGAAGCAAGACUUCCAGAAGGCCAUCCAAAUCGAAACCACGUACCAAAAUGCCCCCGCCACCACCGGCACCACAAACAAGAGCAACAGCCUGCCCGGCACCGCCAAGUACACGGUGGCGCUGUUCGGUCCGAACGAUCGCGUCACGUUCGAGCAGUUCAAGUCGUGGAUUCAGAUCUACAAGGGCGCCACGGUGCUGUCCAAGUGGCUGCUGCAGGACGCGUGCGUGAAUUUGAGCUCGGAGCUGGAGACGCCCACGUUCUACCAGAGUUUGGCGGGGGUUACGCACCUGGAGGAGCAGGACAUUGGCGUGUUGGAGAAGGUGUUUUGGCUGUUGAAGGGGUUGGCGUUGACGGGGCAGCUGGAUCUGGAGUCGCUGGGGCCGCUGAUUAGUCCACCGGUUCCGAAGGCGGCGCUGGGGGGUGUGUUUUUGGCGUUCGAUGAGAACCACGAUGGACACAUUGACUUUAAGGAGUUGUGCUGUGGGGUUAGUGCGGCGUGUCGGGGGCCGAACGUUGAGCGGAGCAAGUUUUGCUUCAAGGUGUUUGAUAUCGAUAGGGACGGGGUGUUGAACUACGGGGAGGUUGGGAAAAUGGUGGACAUUUUGUUGUUUGUGGCCAAAGAGACGAACGCGGCGUGUUACAAGAGCGUUACCAGUGGGCAGGUCAUGGAGGAGUUGUAUAGGAGAGCGUUGGAUGGGAGUGGCGGUGAUGGGGCGAAGUUGGACGUUCCGGAUCCGGUGCCGGAGUUUAAGUUUACGCAGGAAGAUUUCCUGAUUUGGAGUAUCGAGAGCAGCCGGAACUUGGUGCAACCUUUUUUGGAUCUGCUGUUUGAAGUGUGUCAUAUUGUGCUGGGGUUGAGGCCGCAGUGUAAACACCUGGAGGGGGACAUUGUGCGGGGUUGGUUGGCGCGGGAGGUUCGGCGGGGCUACAAAGUGGGCCAGUUUUGGUAUUUGGUGUCGUCGGAUUGGUGGCAGCACUGGCAGCAGUACACGCAACCUUCGGUGACUUCGUCGUGCGUUCACUGUAAGGUGGCGUCCAGUUAUGCGAAUAGUCGGAGUAAUGCCGUUGGUGGAUCCGGGAUGCCCGGGGUGGAUGAAGCGGUCAUUUGUGACGAGAGUUUUACCUCGAACUCGACCGAGAGCAUGGGAGAUUUGCUGAACACGGGAGGUGAUUCGUCUAGUCUGGGCUCCGGGAGCAGUGGAAUAUCGUGCGGAAGGCAACCGGGUGGACCGCCGGGAGUGAUUGAUAACGGCAACUUGAUAGCGCCGGUCAUGUACAAGCAAAUACCAACGCUGACCGGUGAAGGAGGACGGCUGAAGCGGGAUUUGACGCUGGUUCAGCAUCGAGACUUUGAGCUCGUUCCGGACUCGCUGUGGAAGGCUUUAUCGCAGUGGUACGAUGGACCGCUUCCGCUGCCGAGGCAGGUGAUUCAACCGUUGAGUUCGGCGGAAGUCGAGCUGGAGUUGUACCCGUUGAACUUGAGGAUAUUGCGCCAUCAGAAUCCACCCGCCCAACAGCAGCAACAGCAACAAUCAAACAGUACCUGGGGAAGCAUCUCGGGAGGUUACGGUGCGUUGACCUCCGCCGGACAGGGCUACCCGACGGUGUCCUCGGUGCUGCAACCACCCAAGAAAUAUCUCGCCUACACGGCAGCCUUCAGCCGACUGGCCACCGUCAAACAAGUGGCCGAAUUUCUCUGCCAAAGACUGAAACUCAGGGUCGAAGACAUCCGGUUGUGGCACCUGGUCCCCACCCCGACCGGUGUCACCGAGUUCCCCUACCUGCUGGAAGAAGACAUCCUCACGCUGCAGGAGCUGUCCAUCGCGGACAACGAUCAGCUGCUGCUGGAAAUACGAAACAAAGAUCUUACCUGGCCAGAGGAGCUGGGAUCGCUCACGAUUGCCCACAGCAACAGCCACACCAACCUGGAACGCCGCGGAACCGUCUCCUCAAUCCACUCGCAACAUCCCCCUGGCGCCACCGGACUCCACAAUCUCGGCAAUACCUGCUUCAUGAACGCCGCGCUGCAAGUCCUGUUCAACACGCAACCUCUCGCGCAGUACUUUGCCAAGCGGAUGCACCUCUACGAACUGAACGUCAACAACAAGCUGGGAACCAAAGGCCAACUCGCGAUGCGUUACGCGGAACUCCUCCGCGAAGUCUGGACCGCCUCUCAACGCUCGAUAGCCCCGCUCAAGCUGCGAUUCUGCGUCACCAAGCACGCGCCCCAGUUCUCCGGCGGUGGCCAGCACGACUCGCAGGAACUGCUCGACUGGCUGCUCGACUCGCUGCACGAAGAUCUGAACCGCGUCAUGGAGAAGCCGUACAGCGAGCUGAAGGACUCGGACGGCCGGGCCGACGUCGUGGUGGCGGCCGAAGCAUGGAGCCAGCACCACGCCCGCAACCAAAGUAUUAUCGUCGAUCUGUUCUACGGCCAGCUCAAGUCCAAGGUGACGUGCUCCGGGUGUGGCCGCGACUCGGUGCGGUUCGAUCCGUUCAGUUUGCUCAGCUUGCCGCUCCCCGUCGAAAAUUACACGUACUGCGAGGUGUUGGUCUCCCUCCUGGACGGUUCCGUCCCGGUCAAGUACGGCCUGCGGCUCAACUCGGAGCAAAAGUAUUGGGAUCUGAAGAAGGCGCUCGGCGAAAUGUGCGGCCUCGAGCCGGAACUGCUGCUCAUCUGUGAACUGUCCAACUCGCAGAUCCGCUGCAUUCUGCCCAACGAGCAGAAGAUCAAACCGAGCACGGCCUGCUCGCCGCUGUACGUGUACGAACUGCCCAAGUUCGACAACGUCCUGGCGCGAUCCCGGGCCGGCUCCGAACUGGCCAUCAACAUCGAGAAGGGCCUCAAGGACAUCCAACGGACGCCAGCUCUUCUACUACCAUCACUAGAGCCGAAUCAGCUAACGACCUGCUCGGCCAUCACGACCAUCUCGUCGUCGUCGUCAUCCGCCUCGACGGCCACCGUGGACGAUCCGACGGUGGCAAUGACGGGCAGUAGCCGUCAACAGGCCAAGACGGUAGGCCAGGGUAACAAUCGGCGGACAUCGGCGACGGCGACGGCGACGACGGCAUCGAAGGUAAGCCGGUGCUUUGGCAACACACUCUGCAUGCCCCCGAAUAUGUUGUGCUUCAAGGAAACGUUACAGAACAUUCCCGAAAUCAGUGCCAGCCCGGACAGCACAUUCAUCUUUAGUGAAUCGGCCGCUACUCAGUACGCCGGUUUGGCCCCCGAACGGAACCGGAAGCAACCGGCGGUGCCAACCGCGACCAGCACCAACCAGCAGCUGCUGAACAACAACAACGUGGCCGUAGUCGAGAACGGCGGCUGGAACGUGGACGAGCAGGACGCCGCCUCCUGUAGCGAUUGUGAUAUUAUGUAUAAUGGCCACGGCACAGGGCCCGGGGACAGCGGUUCCUUCAACCACCACCUUCACCACAACCACCGGGAUUCGUUCAAUCAAAGUGCAAUUAAGCGACCGCCGAGCGCCGGAAGUGGGGGCGGAAUCUACCCGCCAACGUCCAAAAGUCCCGCCAACUAUCUGAUUGCCGUGCAUCGGAAGCUCAGCCGGCAGGACACGUACUUUCUGUCGCACCACAAGUCCCGGCCCGGGCUGUUCGGGGUGCCGCUGUUGAUUCCGUGCUACGACGGCGUCACCAACAAGGAGCUGUACUGCUCGGUAUGGCUGCAGGUGGCCCGACUGCUGAGUCCGCUGCCGCCGACGCCACCGGACCAAUCGAAUCAUGCCACGGACUGUGAUGAUAGCUUAGGGUAUGACUUCCCGUUCACGCUACGAGCGGUCGCCAGCGGUGGUCGGAUCUGCGCCCUCUGCCCGUGGUCCCGGUUCUGCCGGGGCUGCGAAAUCCCCUGCAACGACGAACCACUGCUGCAGGGCCUGAUCUACUCGGGCCACUCGUCAAGUAACAACUCAACGCCGAAUCUGUCCUCGCGAGAACAAACGCCCACCUUCCGGCGGAAAACGUACGGCAGCUCGACGACGUCGUCGCUGGACGGAGUAGUCCCAGCGCCCCAGCUGCAGCAGCAGUCUUCGCCGACGCCCUCGCUCAGUCGGUCCAUCAACACGACCAGCAUCCAGAUUGCCAUCGAUUGGGACCCGACGGCGCUGCACUUGCGGUACCAGAGUACCCGGGAGAGGCUAUGGACCGAGCACGAGUCGGUGGCCAUCUGCCGGAGGCAGCAAACGGAACCGGUCGACCUGGACCACUGUCUGCGGGCGUUCACCUCCGAGGAAAAGCUGGAACAGUACUACCACUGUUCGCACUGCAAGCAGAAGAAGCCGGCGACGAAGAAGCUGCAGAUUUGGAAGUUGCCACCGAUUUUGAUUGUCCACCUGAAGCGGUUCAACUUUGUGAACAACAAGUGGGUCAAGUCGCAAAAGGUCGUCAACUUCCCGUACGAAGACUUCGACCCAACGCCGUAUCUGGCGUCGGUUCCGCAGGAAACGAUCCUUCGACACAAGGAGCUGCUCGAAGGUGGUGGUCCUCACGGCCUCAACCACGACUGUCACGACGAGUUUCUCGAGUUUGACCGGGAAAUGUCCAUGAUCGACGAGGUCAGCGACGAGGUGUCCAUCUCGUCCAUCACGGGGACGAUCGAGAGUGGCGGAAAUGGUGAGGGAGAAGAUGGUGAAGAAGAGGACGAUGAUUACGAGGACGAGGGCAGCAGCAACGGCAGGACAGCUGAGUUGAAUAGUAUUACGCCGGCCAUCGCCGGAACGCAUCCGGUGGCCUGGGCGCGACAGGAAGUGGGCGACGAAAGUCCGAGCAAAGCCAAGUCACGGAUGAGCGCCAAAACGAAAGCCCAACGCAAGCGACUCGUUUCGUCCAGCCUGACCAAGACGCCGGUCAUCGACGGACAGUUUACGGACUUUCACAACCAUCACCUCAAACCGGAACGCGACGCGUUCGAUCUAAAGUAUCAACUGUACGCCGCAGUGUGUCACUCGGGCAUGCUGAACGGCGGCCACUACAUCUCGUACGCGGCCAACCCGAACGGCUCGUGGUACUGCUACAACGACAGCUCCUGCCGGGAGAUUCCGACGCGGCCAAAGAUCGACCCCAGUACGGCGUACCUGCUGUUUUACGAGCGGCGUGACCUCGACUACGAGCCGUACCUGCCCAAGGUGGAGGGCCGCCAGGUGCCGACGGAGCAUCUGGCCGAGUUCGAGGAGAGCGACAACGAGCUGAAGAAGCUGUGCACGCUCAUGUAGAAGUUGGCACCGGCGCUGUCGGCGCCGGUGCGGGGCCUCGGGGCGGCCACGUUUGGAAAAAUCUUCAACAAUUUGUCACUUUCGUCAAACAGGUAAGUGUGGCCACGGGUCCCAGGAAAGAGCGUGCCACUUGGUUACUACGAGAUUGAAAGGCGACCAAAAGACCCGAAACCGAACGGAGUGGGGCAAACCUCCUUCUUCUCAAUGUGUAUUAUAACUGUGUUGUAGAGCUGAAUCAAAUUCAGCUCUCAUUUCCUGUUUCCUUCUGUUUUUUUUCUUCGUCUGUAUGUGUAUCUGUGCGCACGCAAACGUCGCAAACAAUCAUUGUGAAUCAAACAAAUUCCUUACACUCUAUACCGUGUACAUGUUAGUAAAAAACGAAAAUCAAAUACAAAAAAAAAAUACAUUCUGCUUUGCUCGAGAGAACAAAAAAAAGGCUUAAUAUAUUAUACAACCAUAGUAAGAAGGCACACGCUCGCGCGCUGAGGUUUUGUGCUUUCAAUCGUCUUUCUUUAUCUUUAUUAUUUUUUUGUAAAUUCUAGCAAAACAUUAGCUUUAUUAAUGCGAUAAGAAAAUUAAGAAGAAGAAAAAACUCGAUUAGAUAAAAAAAAUUACCAAUUUAACAAAAUCAAAGAGAACGUGCGCUGGAGAGGAUGUCUGAAAAUGGAGGGGGAAAGAAACGAAUAAAAUAAAGCGACAUUCCACUUUAUAGCAACAAAGAUCGUUUAGUAAAAGAUUAGAGUAGAUUCAAAUUAAACAGAAAUUAAAUUACAACAAAAAAAAAACGCAAGAUAAGGAUCGAAAUUCAAAGAAUAAAAAAAGUUGCGAGUAGUCAAAUUGGGCUUUUACGUGGUAGUUAAAAAAAUGCUUAUACGAUUCACUGCUAAUCUAUAUUGUCAUCAUGUACUGCGCGAAUGGUGCCGCGUGUUGUAGUCAGUCAUAAUGUAUUUUAUUUGAUAUUAACUGUUGGAAAAAUGCUAUUUUUUUGUUCGGAAGAGAGAAUGCGAAAGUAUGUUACAGAUGAGAGAGCUGUUAGAUAUUGGUUAGAUAUACUUAUUCUUGUUUAUUUCUCGUUACUUUACACUAGUUUUUGUCACCGAUUAAUUACGAUUAACAAUUAAUGUUAUUGAUAAGUUAUGUUUUUUUUUCUUCUUCUUUCUGUUAUUACGUGUCGAAAUGCGACUUGGUUGAAGCAAUAUUGAAUAUUGAUAACUAUACAAUGCGAUGCAAUUGAAA